AUGGAUAUGACAAGCAGUAGAAGAAGUGUGAACUUCUCGGAAAAAGAAAUUGCUGCACUGACUGCAUUUGUAGAAAUUUACACGCCUAUUUUAGAAAAUAAGAAAACCGAUGCAGUUACAACGAAAGAAAAUGAUGCUAUGUGGGAAAUAGUGGCAUCUGAAUGGGCAGAGUCUAGAUACACUCCACGAACAGGAAAGCAGUUGAGGGAAAAAUGGAAGAACAUCAGAAAAGAUGUGAAAAAAAUAUAUUCCGAUGAGAAACAGGAGUUGUUCAAAACCGGUUGCGAAGAAAGUAAAGUUAUAAAUAUAACUCCACUAGAUACUCAAGUAAAAUCAAUAAUUGGGGAUGUUAAUGUGAUCGGCUUAAAUAAUGUAUUUGAUUCGGAUCAAAUCAUAGACAAAAAUAUACCGAACAAGAACCUACAGCUAAAGAAAGCACUAACGAUGUGGCAUGAAACAAGGAAAACUUAA